AUGGCCGAUCAAGCUGCCCCAGCCGCCCAACCCGCCCCAGCCGCCGCACCAAAACCCGAGCCAUCGUUCUACUUCAGCCUCGAAAGCUGCGACAAGGAAAUCGUCAAGAUCAGUGACUUGGCUGUCCCACAAAUGGUCACCAUCAACAACCUGGUCUCCGGUCUUGGCUACGACGCAGAGAAAGCCGCUAAGAACGUGAUGCCGAUCGAUAAUAUCACUGGUGUCACCUUGAAGCGUGCCGUCGCCUGGUGUGAGCAUCAUCGUGGCGUGGAGUUCCCGGAGGAGAAGAACGAAAGCUUUCCACGUCAGACAAACAUUCCAGAGUGGGACAUGAACUUUUUGAAGGAGCUGGAGGACAAGGAGCUCGAAGAGCUGACUAUUGCUGUCAACUACUUGGAGAUCAAGCAGCUGCUCCGUUAUUGCUGCAAGAAGAUUGCCAUGAUGGCUCAGGGAAAGACUCCAGAGGAGUUGAGAGUGAUUUUCGAGAUUCCGACUGAUGAGGAGGAUGCGAUUGCCGAGCAAGAGUUGAAGGAGAGGCUGGAGAGAGAGGCGAAGGAGGAGGUCGAGAGAGGGAUCGUUGAGGGACCAUCCACAUCCACUGGAAAGCGUUAG